CGCAACUUCUGAAGGCUGCAUGCCUAGAGCCCAUGCUCCGCAACAAGAGAAGCCACCGCAAUGAGAAGCCUGCGCACUGCAGUGAAGAGUAGCCCCCUCUCACCACAACUAGAGAAAGCCCACACACAGCAACGAAGACCCAGCGCAGCCAAAAAAUUAAAAAAAAGAAAGUUCCAAGGAAAAUCAUGGGGUUAUUUUAAGGAGAAGGGAGUUUUAUGGGGAACCCUUGAAGCUACCAAGAGGACCUGGAAAUUUUUCUCUGUUCUGAGAACUGUUCUCAGCAUCCCCGAGACAUGUCCUGUACUUGCUGCCCCUUUGCCUUUGCAGCCAUCAUCCUCUCUCUCCAUCCCCCCACCCUGACAUGUAUAACCGUCCCUUUUCUGCCAGUUCAAAUCCAGGUCAUCCCUCAAGGCCCAGUGGAGUUUCCUGCCCCUCCCAGAAGCCUCUCGGGGCCUCUAUAGCUGGGGCCCCUUCUCCCUGCACACCAGGGGAAGGGAGCCUCCAGAAAAGUGAAGGCGUUGGCAGUCUGGCCUGGACUGUCCUCUAGAGAGCCAGCGCCACCAAUUUGUGAAACUGCCGAACCACACAUCUGCCCUGACGACUUAGCCUUUCCUUCAGUGUGGAUUUGAAGUGUCGUGGACAGACAUUAUUGAUUCCUCCUCUUAAGUCAGUCAGGACAGUUUCAAAUCUCUUUAAUGCCCAGCAAAUUUGCUUUGGAGGCCAAAGCCAGUCCAGUUGCAUUUGGAUGAUGGUUACUUAUUUUUAAAGGGUAGGAGGUCCCUCCAGACAUGCACGUCCUUUAUUGUGCAGCCACCUCUGUCUCCUUUUGCUUCUCUGAUGAACAUUUGGACCUGCCUCUACCUGGCUGCCAUCUUCUUGAUGUCACAGAAAAGUACAUUCUACCCUCAGAAAGUGUGUCAUCUACCUGGACGGGUAUGGCCUCACAUGUGCAAGUUUUCUCCCCUCACACCCUUCAAUCAAGUGCCUUCUGUAGCGUGAAGAAACUGAAAGUAGAGCCGAGUUCCAACUGGGACAUGACCGGGUACGGCUCCCACAGCAAAGUGUAUGGCCAGAGCAAGAACGCGCCACCAUCCCAGCCAGCCACCACGACCGUCAGCGCCUCCCUGCCCAUCCCAAACCCCAGCCUACCGUACGAGCAGACCAUCAUCUUCCCAGGAAGCACCGGGCACAUCGUCGUGACAUCAGCAGGUAGCACUUCCGUCACCGGGCCAGUCCUCGGCGGACCGCACAACCUCAUGCGUCGCAGCACCGUGAGCCUUCUUGACACCUACCAAAAAUGCGGACUCAAGCGGAAGAGUGAGGAGAUCGAGAACACAAGCAGCGUGCAGAUCAUCGAAGAGCAUCCACCCAUGAUUCAGAAUAAUGCGAGUGGGGCCACUGUAGCCACUGCCACCACCUCGACUGCCACUUCCAAAAACAGUGGCUCCAACAGCGAGGGGGAUUAUCAGCUGGUCCAGCACGAGGUGCUGUGCUCCAUGACCAACACUUACGAGGUCUUAGAGUUCCUGGGCCGAGGGACGUUUGGGCAAGUGGUCAAGUGCUGGAAACGGGGCACCAACGAGAUCGUGGCCAUCAAGAUCCUGAAGAACCACCCGUCGUACGCCCGCCAAGGUCAGAUCGAAGUGAGCAUCCUGGCCCGCCUGAGCACAGAGAGCGCCGACGACUACAACUUCGUCCGCGCCUACGAGUGCUUCCAGCACAAGAAUCACACGUGCUUGGUCUUUGAGAUGCUGGAGCAGAACCUCUAUGACUUUCUGAAGCAGAACAAGUUCAGCCCCUUGCCCCUCAAAUACAUACGCCCGGUCCUCCAGCAGGUUGCCACAGCCCUGAUGAAACUAAAAAGCCUAGGUCUUAUCCACGCUGACCUCAAACCAGAAAACAUCAUGCUGGUGGAUCCAUCUAGACAACCGUACAGAGUCAAGGUCAUCGACUUCGGUUCAGCCAGUCACGUGUCCAAGGCUGUGUGCUCCACCUACUUGCAGUCCAGGUAUUACAGGGCCCCUGAGAUCAUCCUUGGUUUACCAUUUUGUGAGGCGAUUGAUAUGUGGUCCCUGGGCUGCGUCAUUGCAGAGCUGUUCCUGGGCUGGCCGCUGUAUCCAGGAGCUUCAGAGUACGAUCAGAUUCGGUAUAUUUCACAAACACAGGGUCUGCCAGCGGAAUAUUUAUUAAGCGCAGGGACAAAGACAACUAGGUUUUUCAACCGUGACACAGACUCGCCGUAUCCUCUGUGGAGGCUGAAGACACCAGAUGACCAUGAAGCAGAGACGGGGAUUAAGUCAAAAGAAGCAAGGAAGUACAUUUUCAACUGUUUAGAUGAUAUGGCCCAGGUGAACAUGACGACGGAUUUGGAAGGGAGUGACAUGUUGGUGGAAAAGGCGGACCGGCGGGAGUUCAUCGACCUGUUGAAGAAGAUGCUGACCAUAGACGCUGAUAAGAGAAUCACUCCGAUCGAGACCCUGAACCACCCCUUUGUCACCAUGACACACUUACUCGAUUUUCCCCACAGCACACACGUCAAAUCAUGUUUCCAGAACAUGGAGAUUUGCAAGCGUCGGGUGAACAUGUAUGACACGGUAAACCAGAGCAAAACGCCUUUCAUCACACAUGUGGCCCCCAGCACAUCCACCAACCUGACCAUGACCUUCAACAACCAGCUGAACACCGUCCACAACCAGGCUCCCACCUCCACCAGUGCCACUAUUUCCUUAGCCAAUCCUGAAGUCUCCAUACUAAACUACCAAUCUGCACUCUACCAGCCCUCAGCGGCAUCCAUGGCUGCGGUGGCCCAGCGGAGCAUGCCCCUGCAGACGGGAGCGGCCCAGAUCUGUGCCCGGCCCGACCCCUUCCAGCAAGCGCUCAUCGUGUGUCCACCCGGCUUCCAAGGAUUGCAGGCCUCUCCCUCUAAGCAUGCUGGCUACUCUGUGAGAAUGGAAAACGCAGUUCCCAUCGUCACUCAAGCCCCAGGAGCUCAGCCUCUUCAGAUCCAACCAGGUCUGCUUGCCCAGUUGAAAACCAGGAUCACAGAAGCUUUGGGAUGGAACCUUCCUUAUCUGUUCACACAGCAGGCCUGGCCAAGUGGGACCCAGCAGAUCCUGCUUCCCCCGGCGUGGCAGCAGCUGACUGGGGUGGCCACGCACACGUCGGUGCAGCAUGCGACUGUGAUUCCUGAGACCAUGGCCGGCACCCAGCAGUUGGCCGACUGGAGGAACACGCAUGCUCACAGCAGCCAUUACAAUCCCAUCAUGCAGCAGCCGGCGCUAUUGACUGGUCAUGUGACCCUUCCAGCAGCUCAACCCUUAAAUGUGGGCGUGGCCCACGUGAUGCGGCAGCAACCUACCAGCACCACCUCCUCCCGGAAGAGUAAGCAGCACCAAUCCUCUGCGAGAAGCAUCUCCACCUGUGAGGUGUCCUCCUCUCAGGCCGUCAGCUCCCCGCAGCGGUCCAAGCGCGUCAAGGAGAACACGCCUCCGCGCUGCGCCCUGGCGCCCAGCAGCCCUGCCUGCAGCUCCUCCGUCACGUGCGGCUGGGGCGACGGGGCCUCCAGCACCAGCAGGGAACGGCAGCGGCAGACGAUCGUCAUUCCUGACACCCCCAGCCCCACGGUCAGCGUCAUCACCAUCAGCAGCGACACGGAUGAGGAGGAGGAGCAGAAGCACGCCCCCGCCAGGUGAGGCCGCGCCGCCUUCAGACCCCAGGAAGGAGCCGAGUUGCGUUUCCGUCUCGCACAGAGACACUUAGGGUGGAUCUGGACCACCUUCCAUCGCCCAGCGUGAUGACCCCCCUCUCUCCCGGCCCCUGAAUUUUGGCUUUGCCGUGUCCUGGGGCCCUAGGGUGAUUUCAAGGGAAUGUCAAACAGAUUUUACAUAGUUGUUGAAAGCCGAAAUAAUUUUGAGUCACUUUGGUCUUAAAAAAUAGUUACGGGCCCUUUACAUUUGGGGGAACGUGAGACCGUAAAAAUCAGGCACACGGUGCCAGUGUAUUUCAACCCUCGUACACUAAAAAUCUCUGCCUCGGGCUAUUGAAUUUAUUCCUAGUUGGUCAGGCUGUUUCUCUAACACUGCCUUGGCUCUCUCAGAAUUUGAGGUAAUUGUCCAAUUAAUCAGAAAGUUUCCUGUGUCUGAUUAACCCUGUCUAUCAAACUGCCAGUUGGCUCUUCCCCCAGAGAGCAUUACUGUUUAUUCCAAAGUAGUAAGAACUCGUUUUAGUCUCUAUAUGCUUCCUGGGGAGAGGGAAGAAAUAUUUAUUAUAUUUGCGAGACUGUUCACCCUAGUGCCAGAGCCUCUUUUCUACACUUUCCAGCCGGACCGCAAUGGAGUGUGGCGUGAGCUUGGGCUGUCUGAUGGUCCCCUGGAACUUGCCCCUCGGAACAGUCGGUCCCCUGCCCUUCAGCACCCCCGGGCCUCGGGACCUUGUAGAUCCAAAGUCUCACAGUCCCA